AUGUGGGGGGGUUGGGGGGGGGUUGUGUAUAUAUGGAAUGGGGGGGGGGGGGGGGAGUUGGGUGGUGUGGGGGUUGGGGGUUUUAUUGGGGGAGGGGGGGGGGUGGUAUGGUGGGGGGAUAAAUGGGGGGGGGAGGAGAGGAGGGGGUAUGAGAGGAUGUGGGUUUUUGGAGGGGUUUUGUGUGGUGUGUUUUUUGGGGUGUUUGGGUGGGGGGGUGGAGUGUAG